AUGGCCAAUUCCCUCCUCGUCGUGCUGGGCCUGCUCGCCGCCGCCCAAGCCGCCAGCUCCGACAAGCGCGGCCUCUGCUUCGUCCCCGAACCAAACCACCCCGAAGACAACAAGAUCUGGGUCAGGGCCGGCACGUCCCUCAGCUGGUACUACAACUACGACUCGCGCCCCUCGCCCGCCUACUCGAACCUCUCCCAGGAGCAGCUCGAGUUCGUCCCCAUGAUGUGGGGCGUCGACGCCAACAACCUCAACGACACGAGAUUCCUCGACGAGGUCCGCGCCCUCAUCGACAGCGGCACCAACAUCACCCACGUCCUCGGCUUCAACGAGCCGGACGGCACGGCCGGCUCAGGCGGCAGCAAUAUCGUCCCCGAGGACGCCGCCAAGGCCUGGGUCGCCAACUUCGAGCCUCUCGCCGAGCUGGGAGUCAAGCUCGGCCUCCCCGCGUGCACCGGCGGCUGGGACGGUCUCCCCUGGCUCAAGCAGUUCCUCGGUAACUGCUCCCAGCUCGUCAGCACCGGCGGCGCGACGAAGAACUGCACGUGGGACUUCCUCCCCGUGCAUUGGUACGACAACUUCGAGGGGCUGUCGUCGCACAUUGCCGAGCGCAGAGCUACCUGGCCCGAUGCCGAGAUCUGGAUCACCGAGUACGCAUACGCGAAUAAAGACCUCGCCGCCACCCAGUCCUUCUACAACAAGUCCGUCGCGUUCUUCGACUCGGAGGACUACAUCGGCCGGUACACCUACUUCGGCGCCUUCCGCUCCGACAAGUCCAACGUGGGCCCCAACGCCGUGUUCCUCAACAAGGCCGGCCAGCUGACUGAUAUUGGUUCGUGGUAUCUCGGGUCGAGCGCCACCGGCCUUGAUCCACAGAGUGACGAGUCUGCUGCGGCGUCUCGGUCCAGACAUGGCGAUCUGGCCGUGGUUGCUGCAGGCUGCUUUGCCGUUUUGAUGUUGGCUUUGUGA